AUGAAAUUCAGUAAGACACCAACGGAAGGAUCAAGGGCACUUUGUUGUAGAAAUGAUACAGCUCGGAAAAAAGCAAGCUCUCCUCUUCCUUCCUCCUGUAAUGGAAUCUGUACUGCCAGGGUUUGGUGCAGGAAGGUUCACACGGGAUUCGGACAGACCCGUGGGGCGCCCUGCAGGCAGCUUGCGGAGGACAGAUUCUCUUUCUGCUCAGACAGCCUAAACUCUCCCUGCACGUGGGAACACCUGGGCAGGUGGCCGACCAGUAGUGCCAACGCCAAGGAUCUUGUUUCUUCCACUUCUCAAGUGCUGGGACAGAAGUGCACACCCCUUUGGAGACUGCGACUCAGCCGUGGCCUGCUGCGUCCUUUCCCUCAGCACCCGAGGGCCGACAGGCAGAGAGGUGCCCACCAGCUAGUGCUCACGCUUUGGGCACUGCUGUCCCACAGAGACAGUUGUUAUAACAGCCACUGUGGAGGGACGUGCAUGCAGUAUGAACAGAGGUCACUCACAGGGUACAGGCAGAACCAUGCCGGUGGCCUGGGGUGGGCUGCAGGGUCAGGCAGGAGGGGCUCGGGCUCUGACCAGACAGAAUCAGCUUUUUGUCCUGCUCAGUGUGGGAAACUCAGGUCCCACUGUAGGAACUGUGCCUGCUUCCCUGAGUUCUUACUUCCUGUCACUGUUUCUUUGUGAACUUCACAGCCAUGUGAGCACAGGACUUCCAAGAGUCACGUACAUCAACCUCCAGUUUUAAAGGGAAAGUAGCCAACUUACCACAUAUUUGAAAACGUGAGGCAUAUCCAGGUGUAAAAGGUACUCGUGAAGCAAAUUAAUAUAUCAAGGAAAAACUCUAGUUUGUUACAAUUGAAUAGUUAAACAAUGUAAAGUGGUGAGAUGUUCCCAGAAAUGAAAUCUGCCCCACGUACGGGAGACUCGGGAGGGCAACACACUGAUCACUCACUGAAACUGGGGGCAGCAGACAUUCCCAUCAGAGCUCCUCAGCUUUGUAGGGUCCAGGCAUUGCUGGGGGGAAAGAGUUGUUCAAUCCAGUUUUUUAUAAAAGGAAAAAACCAACAUAAGUUGGGGUUUUAAAUCCUUUUAAGCUUUUACAUGGUUUAAUUAAGUUAUUGGCGUUUUAGAAUAAAGUCAGGGUGAAUCUGCAUACCAGGAAGCGAUUUAAGGACAUUCUGAGAAGAUUUAGAAAGCAAACUAAGAAAGAUAAGCUUCAUAUCUCCCUGUAUUCUCAGAAAACAAUCAACUCACCCUGAAAUGUGGUUAAAUCGUUAAGUGUAAAAAAAAUGUAUGUUUUAAAAACAUGACUAAGCCAUGUUGUGUACAGAAAAGUGGUGAAUACAUGGAAUCUGAAGGAAAAACAACCAGAAGAUGAAGAAUGGCCAGUGUUGAGCACACCCUCCUGGGAAGACACUUGUGGGCCAAGCAGGAGGGAGACUCGCAGGAAGGUGGGACAGUAGCUAGGAGACGCUCCCCCACACACCCCUACACACACACAAGCACUGUGCCUCCCCUCAGAGCGCAGACCCCUUCUCAUCUUCCAGUUGCCAACUCUGUUUCUCAGGUCAAACACAGCAGACAGCUGGUCUGGAUGCAAUUCCCUGAAAACUCGACAUACGAGUCAAGUGUCAGAAACCCAACUCAAGCAAGCUGCAGCAUAUGUACACCAUGGAAUAUUAUGCAGCCUCAAAGAAAGAUGGAGACUUUACCUCUUUCAUGUUUACAUGGAUGGAGCUGGAACAUAUUCUUCUUAAUAAAGUAUCUCAAGAAUGGAAGAAAAAGUAUCCAAUGUACUCAGCCCUACUAUGAAACUAAUUUAUGGCUUUCACAUGAAAGCUAUAACCCAGUUAUAACCUAAGAA